GUGUAAGACAAACACUUCACUUGGGACUUUGGCCUUUGGGAGUAUGGCGGGAAGCAGUUUCAUCCCUAACCUCUAGCCAAAAAGCCUUUUCUUUUCUCUCUGCAUUUUCUCUUUUUCUCUCUCUUAGCUACUGUAAUGGGUAUAAAGGGUUUAACGAAGCUAUUGGCGGACAAUGCCCCAAAGGCCAUGAAGGAGCAGAAAUUCGAGAGCUACUUUGGCCGAAAGAUUGCCAUUGAUGCUAGCAUGAGCAUCUAUCAGUUUCUUAUUGUUGUGGGAAGAAGUGGGACUGAGAUGCUCACUAAUGAGGCUGGUGAAGUUACUAGUCAUCUGCAAGGCAUGUUUUCCCGGACCAUUAGGCUUCUGGAAGCUGGAAUUAAGCCACUCUAUGUAUUUGACGGGAAGCCUCCAGAUUUGAAGAAACAAGAGCUGGCAAAACGUUACUCAAAGAGAGCAGAUGCUACUGAAGAUUUGGCAGCAGCAGUGGAGGUUGGCAAUAAGGAAGACAUUGAGAAGUAUAGUAAACGGACAGUAAAGGUGACAAAGCAGCACAAUGACGACUGCAAAAGACUUCUAAGGCUCAUGGGUGUGCCUGUAAUUGAGGCUCCCUCAGAAGCAGAAGCACAGUGUGCUGCACUUUGCAAAUCAGGAAAGGUUUAUGCUGUGGCCUCUGAAGACAUGGAUUCCCUAACAUUUGGAGCUCCUAGGUUUCUUCGUCAUUUAAUGGAUCCUAGCUCAAGAAAAAUCCCAGUCAUGGAAUUCGAAGUUGCCAAGGUUUUGGAGGAGCUAAAUCUAACUAUGGAUCAAUUCAUUGACUUGUGCAUUCUUUCCGGCUGCGAUUAUUGUGACAGUAUCCGAGGGAUUGGAGGACAGACAGCUUUGAAGCUCAUCCGUCAACAUGGCUCCAUAGAGAAUAUACUGGAGAACAUAAACAAAGAGAGGUACCAAAUACCAGAGGAUUGGCCAUAUCAAGAGGCUCGGAGGCUUUUUAAGGAACCAGUUGCUUUAAGUGAUGAAGAGCAACUUGAGAUUAAAUGGAUUGCUCCAGAUGAAGAAGGACUGAUUUCCUUUCUGGUGAAUGAAAAUGGAUUCAACAGUGACAGAGUGACAAAGGCAAUAGAAAAAAUUAAAGCAGCCAAGAACAAAUCGUCACAGGGCAGACUAGAAUCCUUUUUCAAACCAACUGCUAACCCAUCUGUACCCAUUAAACGGAAGGAAACCAAAUGUGUGCUUAAAUCUUCCAAACCAGCAAUCAAGCAUAAGAUGUUCUGUCUGCAAGAUUGUAAUUCAUUCAGGCCUACUGUCAGUGGCAGUAUAAGACUGACAAUUCUUGGUUUAGGCUUGAAGCACUCCACGCCAUUAACCAGAGGUGUCUGUUUUGGCGCAUGAAGCUGAAAACCUUGGAAACACCACAGAACACUGCCAAAGAACCUGCUAACAAAAAGCCAAAAGCCGGUGGUGGUAGAAAGAAGAAAUAGUCAAAUUUGCAUUUUAACUUCAAACCAGACGAGUUGAGCAAAUUGCAUUUUGAUCAGUUGAACUGACUUGCGAUGGAUUAGCACAGUUCCGGUUUCUUAUGUUAGGAUUGCAAGACUUUAGGUUGAUUUCUGGAGCAUGUUUGAUGUGAAAUUUUGGGCAUAUGCUUCUAUUCAAACUACUUGCUGUUUAAAUUCAAUUUUCAAAUGAAAGGAAAAUGUAUGCCUCAGUCUACUCUACUUGAAGUAUUGUUAUAUGGCUUUGCUUCCUGGAUAACAAGUUAAUGACAAAUUUGGAAUGUCCUUGUAAUUAGAA